UUUUUCGCCUUUCCUGAGCAAAUUUCGUUGAGAACUUAUUAUAUACUCUUAGCCAUUGGAAGCAUUGACAUCCACAUACACAAGAAAUCUUGUUGCAAAAUCCAGUUACAUCGAUUAUACAUGCUUUGGUGGGCUAGGCAUGUUCUUUUGGUGCAGUAAGUUUGUUUCACAUGGCACUGACGGUCUCAAUCGUGCAUUCAUGUGGCAUGUGUUUUAGUGGGCAAGGGUUGAGAAGUGCUAUAGUUUUUGAAGCAGAGAGAGGAUAUAGGAAUGCUUUAGGAAGAAAAAUGAGGUUUAAUAAUUUUCUCCUCGAUAAAGUUUCAAAAAUUUGUUCUCGAUCCAAGCACAAGUUUCCAGAAAAGUUAUUGGAGGAAGUACAUAAUUAUGAUACAGCCAGUAUCGUAGAUCGCUCAAAGCUGCUAAAUAAGGUAUCAGUUUUGAUGGGUUAUAAUGGUCUUCAUGAUUUAAUUGAGAAUGAAAGACCUGAUGAGCAACCUGAUGGAAAUCUCAAAGAUGCCACAGAUGAUUUUGAACUUUCCUUGGCAUGUAAAAGAUUUCCUUCCAUCACUUUGGGUAGUUCCCCUCCAGUAGAACUGUAUGAUGAGACAACUAGUAGCUCACGAAUCAGGGGCCUGUUAGCUGCUCAAAGAUUUUUCUCUAACUCUAUGGAUGAAAAGUGGGUUAAUCCAAAUGGUCUGUGUGAAACAUGGCCCUCUCUAUAUCAACCCCUUUCAGAGGCUGGUUCUUCUAUAGUAGUAGAAGAAAGUACAGACAAUUUGCAUCAGUCUUCUUGGUCCACAACUUUGGAAUCUGAAGAUAAGACAGGUCAUCUAGUUACUGUGGAAAAAAGUACUGGCAAUUUGCAUCAAUCUUCUUGGUCCAUGACUUCAGAAUUUGAAGGAAAGUCAGAUCGUCUUACUGAGGAGGAAUCCUCUAGCAAAGUGGGGAUUGAACCACAGUCAGAUACUGCAACUUUUGUUUUAUUUCUUGAUAGAUCCAUCAGUUGCAUUCCUGGUUUAAGUAAAAGGCACUCUCACCAGCUAGAAGAAUGUGGCUUUUACACUUUGCGGAAACUGUUACAUCAUUUUCCUCGGACUUAUGCAGAUUUACAGAAUGCGCAAAUUGAGAUCAAUGAUGGGCAGUACUUGAUUUUUGUUGGCAAAAUUUUGUCUUCAAGGGGAAUUCGAGCCAGUUAUUCUUUUUCAUUUCUUGAGGUGGUUGUGGGUUGUGAAGUUGCAAAUAAUGAACCAACUUUGGGGCACAUAUAUGAUGAUGAUAGAGACACUGAGGAGAAGACUAUUUAUUUGCAUUUGAAGAAGUUUUUCCGCGGUGCUCGUUUUGCUUCUCAACCUUUUCUUAGAAGUCUUGAAGGAAAGCAUAAAUUGGGAGAAUUUGUAUGUGUUAGUGGUAAGGUGAGGGCUAUGGGUACUAAAGAUCACUAUGAAAUGAGGGAAUACAGUAUUGACGUGCUAAAAGAUGAAAAUGAUUCAUCCGUUCUCACAAAAGGGAGGCCUUAUCCUAUCUAUCCUUCAAAAGGUGGCUUAAAGCCUAAUUUUCUCAGAGACAUCAUUGCAAGGGCUUUACAAGCCUUGCCGGUCAAUAUUGAUCCAAUACCUGAAGAAAUCAUCCAAGAAUUUGGACUUUUAUGUCUCCAUGAUGCAUACAGUGGGAUUCACCAGCCAAAGAAUUUAGAGGAGGCUGAUUUAGCUCGCAAAAGGCUCAUAUUUGAUGAGUUUUUCUAUCUACAGUUAGGACGCUUAUUUCAAAUGCUUGAAGGUCUUGGCACAAAAAUUGAAAAAGAUGGAUUGCUGGACAAGUACAGAAAACCUGAAGUGAAUGCUGCUUACAUGGAAGAAUGGUCUAGUCUGACCAAGAAAUUUUUGAAAGCUCUUCCAUAUUCCCUUACCUCUGGUCAACUUAGUGCUAUUUCAGAAAUUAUAUGGGAUCUAAAGAGGCCAGUCCCCAUGAAUCGACUCUUACAGGGAGAUGUUGGAUGUGGGAAAACUGUGGUAGCUUUUUUGGCAUGCAUGGAGGUUAUUGCCUCUGGUUAUCAGGCAGCUUUCAUGGUUCCUACUGAGUUGCUUGCAAUCCAGCAUUAUGAGCACUUCAUCAAUCUGCUAGAGAUUAUGGAGGAGGUUGAGUGUAAACCUUCUGUUGCUUUACUAACAGGAUCAACCCCACUGAAGCAAUCACGUCUGAUUCAUAAGGAUCUCCAAACUGGGAAUAUCUCUCUUGUCAUUGGAACCCAUAGUUUAAUAGCCGAAAAAGUGGAGUUUUCUUCUUUACGUAUUGCUGUGGUGGAUGAGCAGCAUCGUUUUGGUGUUAUCCAGAGAGGAAAGUUUAACAGUAAGCUAUAUUAUACUUCUACAAGCUCGAGAAUGCAAGUGGCUGACUUGGAUGUUUCCUCUAAACAUGACACACAUAUGGCUCCUCAUGUUCUUGCCAUGUCAGCUACUCCUAUCCCAAGGACCCUUGCUCUGGCUUUGUAUGGGGAUAUGUCCUUGACACAUAUUACAGACUUACCUCCUGGAAGAAUACCUGUUGAAACACAUGUCAUUGAAGGAACUGACAAGGGCUUUGAGAAUAUUUAUGCAAUGAUGCUAGAGGAGUUGGAAGCAGGAGGAAGAGUGUAUCUUGUAUAUCCAGUCAUUGAACAAUCUGAGCAAUUGCCUCAGCUUCGGGCUGCUUCUGCAGAUCUUGAGACCAUAUCAGAUCGGUUUCAGGAUUAUAACUGUGGGUUGUUACAUGGAAGAAUGAAGGGUGAUGAAAAAGAAGAAGCCUUGAGAAGGUUUAGGUCUGGAGAAACAGAUAUACUGCUUUCCACUCAAGUAAUUGAGAUUGGUGUUGAUGUUCCAGAUGCAUCUAUGAUGGUUGUUAUGAAUGCGGAGAGAUUUGGAAUAGCUCAGUUACACCAACUUAGAGGACGAGUUGGUCGUGGGACAAGAAAGUCUAAAUGUAUAUUUGUAGCAUCUACUGCUGGUAGCCUAAAUCGCCUGAACGUGCUUGAGAAGUCAUCAGAUGGCUUCCACUUAGCAAGUGUGGAUCUUCUUCUACGUGGACCUGGUGAUUUACUUGGCAAAAAACAGUCUGGACACCUUCCUGAGUUUCCUAUUGCCAGAUUGGAAAUGGAUGGCAAUAUUUUGCAAGAGGCACAUGUUGCUGCAUUGAAAAUCUUGAGUGAUUCUCAUGACUUAGAUCGUUUUCCAGCACUCAAAGCAGAACUUAGCAUGCGACAGCCACUUUGUCUUCUGGGUGAUUGAGCUAUGGCAUGGUAAAUUCAAGUUAUCAUAAUUUAUGUUGAACAUAGGCUGCAGUCUUUGCAUGGAACUUAGACCUUCCUCUUAUAGCAUUCUGUUUAGGGGGAUUACUUGCUAUUUUGGCUGUAUGCUCGUUCGAUGUGCUGUAAAUCCACAAUCGUUUAGUUAAAGCUGUAUAGUUUUCAAUGUUGUAUAUUCUGCUGUGAAUAAAUGAAGUUGAAUUUUUCCAUUUAAAAGAAAAAGGAUGAAAUACAAUUCUACAAGUUCAUACUA